UUGGUGUUAUUGAUCAAGGUAUUUUUAUCAGAUAAGUUCGACAAAUAUAACUCAUACCUACUAUAUUCUAUCUAAAGUAGAAUAUUGUUGGAAAGUUUCCAACAGAUGAGCAGUGUGUUCAGUUAUCUCAUAUUGAAAGAACAACUCACUUGAAAAACAGUUACAAAAGUUAUUUUAAUUUGGAAUUAUGGACACCGCGAAAUAUUUUGAGAUGCAUAAUGGGUCGGAACCAAUUACAUCGGUUCUGAUUAAAUUGGUAGAAAGGGAAGAAGUAGAAGCAAGACAUUAUUUUCCCAUAGAAGAUUUAGAGGGUGUUCUCAAAGGUAUAGGGCGGAUGUUUUACAUUGUGAGUCCUUCAGAAACAACAUUCAGCGAUCCUAAGGACGUCCCAUCUUUCUUCGUAAAUGCUUGGCCAUAUUUUCUCUUGUUCAUGAUUCUGGAGAAUAUCAUUCUAUGGAUGGACGAGAAACCAACGUACAGAUUGAACGAUGGAUUAACUAGCCUAUCUCAUGGCCUCAUACAUCAUUCCGGGAAAUUUGUCUUCAGAACUGCAGAAAGCUACACUUACUUUUAUUUAUAUCAACAUUUUCGACUAGUGAAUCUUCCUUGGGAUUCUCAGAUAACUUGGUAUUUAGCCGCCAUAGGAGUAGAUUUCUGUUAUUACUGGGUACACCGUUCCUGUCACGAAAUUCACAUUUUGUGGGCACAACAUCAAGUCCAUCACAGUUCCGAAGAAUUUAAUCUGGCAGUAGGAUUGAGGCAGUCAUUAGUACAAGGAUGGUGUGGCUUUAUCUUCUAUCUUCCAUUGGCGUUCAUCAUUCCUCCAGCACAUUUUAUAACUCAUCAACAAUUUAAUCUUCUUUAUCAGUUUUGGAUUCACACAAAAACCAUUACCACUCUUGGACCCCUUGAAUACGUAUUCAAUACGCCUCAACAUCAUCGCGUUCAUCAUGGAAGUAAUAUAUAUUGCUUGGACAAAAACUACGGAGGUGUACUGAUUAUUUGGGACCGACUGUUUGGUACUUUUGCUAGUGAAAAUAAAAACGAAGAAAUUAUCUAUGGCCUUGUUUUUAAUCAGCCAUCUUUCAACCCGCUUCAUUUACAGAUAUUCUAUACCGACUAUGUUAUUCGAAAAUUCAACAGCAUGAAGGGAUGGCAAAAUAAACUGGCUGCUGUAUUUUAUGGACCAAGUUGGCAAAUAGGCAAACCAAGAUUGGGAUUGGAAAUAGACAAAGUGAAGGUGGUAGCUAGAGAAAAAUACGAUGUGAAAUUACCCUUUUGGUGCAACCUAUAUCUUUUUACUCACUUUUGUGUUGUCGUGUACGGAUUUCAACAACUCGCUGCUCAUCACAUGAGUUUGAACCCGAUUACUGUACUGGGCUUCGUUAUCUACAUCAUAGCCUCACUUACUACGAUCGGGAUGCUUUUCGAUAAUCGCCCCCAUGCUUGUGUUUUUGAGCUAUUGAGGUGCAUGCUGUUAGUAACUGCGAUACAAAGAAUGGAAUUUGGAAAUAUCGAUGACAAUGUGUUGGUGGCCGUGGAAGUGUUUUUUAUGCUUUCCGGAUUGUUUUGGUUCCUUCAAAGUAUAAAAGUUUUGCAAAUGUCUUCAAAACUGAAAGAACAGUGAGACAUUACUUAAGGCUUUGACUGUCAUUCAUAAAUGACUUUUGUUAUAGUAUUGUUUAUUGUUAAAGUAUUAUUUAUUUUUGAACAGUUAUUUAGUUAUAAGAUAAUUUAUUUAUAAAUAAUAAGUCAAACUNUGA